CUUGCUCUAUCGAAUUUAGAAGCUACCGAUACAAUAUCCAAACUUUACCGCGAUUAUCUACGCGCCUAACGGUUCUUACGUUUAUUGGCUGCCUUAGUCCUAUCUCGCAGCACCACACAUCGAACAUAUCAUCCAUUCUCACCGAAACAGAACAUCCACAGCCUCGCGCGACGACUACUACGCUGAAAAUCUUUGCGUUGCUAGCAGCCUAGUCCGGUCGCCUACAUCUAAUCCACACAUUUACAGCCUUGCGGCUUCGUACACGAUCCAGCUGCCUAUCAUCCAAUUUUUCGAUCCUUUCCGAUUUCCCCUCCUUCGAUCCGCCAUCUCCAAUAACGAAUUUUCAACCAUCGUUAACGAUUCCUACUACUAUCAUAUUCCAUCCUUAUUGAACCUGAAUAUCGCUUGGUGUUACCAGACCAUUCCUUUACGUUACGGGAUAUACGGUAUUGCCAAUCGCCUCUUGGUGAAGGAGGUCUACAGUUAGGCAAGACUGUGCUCUCAACUCCAUUUUUUUCGGUCGUGGCCCAUGUACAGCUAUUACCAACAUAUGUCAUCUCCGAAUCCUCGAAAACGACCAGCACCGGGUAGCGUGCCAAUACAACAUCAAAUGGCGCAGCCUUAUAACACACCGGACCAAUUACUAAGAUGGAAUGGGAAUAACGCGGGUGCCUUUGUCGACAACGCUUCGAAUGGUGUCAAUUCCUAUGGCGUAGUACCGUCUCCGACACAAGCCCAGUAUGGAGCUUCCGGCGCGCCUUCGAAUGUUCUUGCUAGGCGAGGUAUCAACAAUGCUCUCGUUGCUACUAAUCGCGCAUUUACCCCGCAGCAGAACGACCCGUGGCCAAACUUUGAGGAGAACUUAAUCGCGGGUCAGCCAAAUGGAGGCGCUGAUGAGCACGAUAAUAUUGAGCUGCUUGAGGAGAAGGCCCAAAGGGCGAAGAGGGAAGCCCAGGCAAAGCGGAAGCAGAUUCCGCCCUUCGUACAAAAGCUAAACAGCUUCUUAGAGGAGUCGAAGAAUACAGAAUUGAUCAGAUGGUCGGAGAAGGGAGACUCUUUCAUCGUCCUUGAUGAAGACGAGUUUGCUAAGACCUUGAUUCCCGAGCUGUUUAAGCAUAACAAUUACGCCUCUUUUGUCCGCCAACUAAACAUGUACGGCUUCCAUAAGAAAGUCGGCCUUUCGGACAAUUCGAUGAAGGCCAGCGAGCGCAAGAAUAAGAGCCCAAGUGAAUACUACAACCCUUACUUCAAACGUGGCCACCCCAACCUCCUGUGGCUAAUCAACAAGCCAAAGAGUGGAGGUGGCAAGAAGGGUGGCAAGAAACGGGGUGAAGAUGGUGAAGGUGAGAGUGACGAGGACGUUUUAGUGCCAGAAGAAGUCAUCGGCCAUCCAUUUACCCAGCCAACGACGCAGAAUAGAGCUCUACCCGCUCCCGAAUCGGGACCACUCCAAAAAAAGGAGCUAGCUGUUGUCCGAGAUCAGAUGGCGGCGUUGCAAUCACGACAAAAACAGAUCAGCGAUGCAAUUCAGCGGUUAAGGCAAGAACACAACCAGCUGUACCAACAAGCCAUCAUGUUCCAGAACAUGCAUGAUCGUCAUGAGAACUCUAUCAAUGCUAUCCUAAACUUCCUCGCCAACGUAUUUAGAAAGUCGCUCGAGGAACAAGGCGGCGUGCAGAAUGUUAACGACCUGCUAGCCAGUAUCAUACCGAACGUGCAGAUGCCCCCUCAACAGGGUCAGGGUAGUGUGGUUGACCUUGGAGAUUGGGUGCAGCAGCAGAUGCCUAGAAAUGGGACGCCAGUGGGCACACCUAAGAGACAGCACCGUCUCUUGCCCCCUAUUCCUCAAGCCCAGGGUCAAGCCGCAAGAACACCGCCGGCGACAACGGCGCCUACACCGUUCUCGAAUUAUCCCAAUCACCAACAACCCCAGACCCCGCAAGUCACGGAGGUCUUCGACACCCCGACGGAGUCGUCUACGCCCGCCUAUCUUAAGCAAGAGCUGGAGUCCAAUCCUCAGGAAGGCAUGAUGAAGAUUAUCCAAGAUGCCAACACCAAUGCCGGCAAUGUUUCAGUCGAUCUUCCCAACGUUGCUGCCGCCACAUCGGCAACUCUGACCAAUGACCAGCGCAAUCGCAUGUUAAGCAUCAUGUCUGGCCAAAACAGCGUCGCCCCCACCCCCGUCUCCUCCAUGACUUCGCCCCCUGUAUCUGUAGACCCACACCCACCUACUAUGGGAGUCUCAUCAGCCGGAAACAUACCGCCCGCGACGACACGGAACUCAAUGUCGCCUAUUAUGCCCUCUAUCCUCCCGCCAUCGAUCCAACGAAUAUCGCAGACCCAGGAAGAGCUAGACCAACUCCAACGGCUGCAGACGGAGCAGGCCCAGAAACUUGAAGACAUCAAUCAUAUUCUGGGGCCGCUAAGCCCGUCCGGCCGUAUUCCCGGGCUCGACGAUUCGAACGCGUAUUUUGAUGAUAACAUCGAUCUUAACCAGUUCAUAGACUCGAACGCGUAUAGUACGGAUCCUGGCGUCGGCGGCGACUUCGACUUUGAUACGAGUCACUUCUCCAACAGCGGCCCGAGCUUCGACUGGAACCCAGAUGGAGCCACGGAGUUCGCGGGCGACGCGCUCAACGCGGGAAGGAUUAUAGAGACAAAUACCCCGAGUCAUAAGAGCCCGAGCCCUAGUGGGACUGAGGAAAUCCUUAGGAACGAUUUAGACGACAGUCCUGGUCGCGCUGCGAAGAGGCAGAGGAAGACGUGAUGAGAGAAUGGCAACAAGUUACUCAUACCCAGUAAAAGUUUACGGUAUUACUUCACAGUGACUCUGACACUUCAGUUCGGAGGCUCCUUCAAUGCAUUUCCGGUGGAAGUUUGAGAUUUGGACGGCGUUCCA